GUUGGAUACAGCAUGGCAGGGAAACGAAAACUAGAGGACCUAAGUCUGGACGAGUUCAUGCGGUCAGGCUUAGAUUCAGAUGAUGAAGAGGAGACUGAAGACGAACCCCCCAAGCAAAAUGGACUGAAGCUAAAGAACAAGAAACAGCUCAAUGAGCCUGAAGUAAAGCCGGGUAAAGCGUCCCAGCACAAGGAGCAGCUGUCUCGAUUAAAAGACAAAGAUCCAGAGUUUUAUAAAUUCCUGCAGGAAAAUGACCAGACCCUCCUGAAUUUUGAUGACACUGACAGCUCUGAUGAUGAGGAUGAAGAAAAAUACCAUAGACCUCCAACCACACUGGAGGAGGCCAGCGAUGAAGAGAAGCAGGAUGAGGAGUCUCCAAAAGAGUCCGAGAAAUCAAAGGCGACAGAUAAUCUCAUUAAAGUCACUGAAAAAAUGAUCGAAGACUGGAAAGCGUCUCUCAAAAAGGAAUGUUCAAUGAGUCUCAUCAGAGACAUCACCCAGGCCUUCAAAGCUGCUGUUGCCACAACUAAGGGUGAAGGAAAUGCCGAGUGCCGAUACGUUGUGGCUGACAGUUCAGUGUUUAAUUCCCUGGUGCUCUUCUGCAUUCGAAACAUCCACGGUGCCUUUCAGCAGAUCCUCAACUUAAAGACUGCUACAGACCAGAAAAAGCUUGUUCUUCCCCAAAGUAGUAAAAAAUGGCAGAAGACUCAAAUCAACAUCAAGAUGUAUCUCAGCGGUGUCGUUCAGUUGUUAUCCUGUCUAACAGAGGCUACAGUGAUCAGCGCUGUCCUGCGGCAUGCUAAUCAGCUUGCACCGUAUUUUCUCUGUCUUCCCAAACAGUGUCGGCACUUGGUCAAGCAACUAAUGAAGCAGUGGAGCACAGGGGAGGAGACAAGUCGAGUCCUUGCCUUUCUGAUCCUCAACAAAAUCUGCAGACACAAGCAAGAAACUUAUCUUGCUCCCAUUCUUAAGCAAAUGUACAUCGCCUAUGUGCAAAACUGCAAGUUUACGUCUCCUAAUGCGCUACCCAUGAUCAACUUCAUGCAGCGCACCCUAACAGAGAUGUACUCUGUGGACACGCAGGCCACUUACCAGCAUGCUUUUAUCUACAUUCGACAGCUCGCCAUCCAUCUCAGGAAUGCCAUGACCAUGAAAAAAAAGGAAACAUACCAGUCAGUGUACAACUGGCAGUACAUCCACUGUCUAGGCCUGUGGUGUCGUGUCCUCAGCACCCUGUACCCCAGUGAAGUUCUCCACCCUCUCAUCUAUCCACUGUGCCAAGUCAUCAUUGGUACUAUCAAGUUGGUACCCACAGCAAGAUAUUAUCCUCUGAGGAUGCAUUGUUGCAGAGCCCUCACUUUGCUAUCAAGCAGUACCAAUACAUUUGUCCCAGUUCUCCCUUUCCUUGUAGAGAUUUUCCAACAAGUGGACUUCAACAAGAAACCGGGCCGAAUAAGUAACAAGCCAAUCAACUUCGCAGUCAUCUUGAAGCUGAACAAAAUCAACCUGAUGGAGAAAGCAUACAAGGAUGGACUAAUCGACCAGCUCUAUGACCUGAUGCUGGAAUAUUUCCAUACUCAGGCCAGCUCCAUUGGCUUCCCCGAGCUUUCCCUGCCUACUGUCCUUCAGCUGAAAACGUUCCUGAAAGAAUGCAAAGUGGCCAAUUAUUGCAAGGCUGUACGCCAGCUGCUUGAGAAGGUGCAGGAGAACAGCAACUACAUCACGGCAAAACGACAAAAUGUCACUUUCGGAGUGGCUGACACCAACGCUGUGGUGGCAUGGGAGAAGGGGAUUCAGAAAGAGGGAACUCCUCUCAGCAAAUAUUACACCCAAUGGAAGAAGUUGAGAGAAAAGGAGAUUCAGUUGGAGAUCUCUGGCAAAGAAAGGAUGGAGGAUCUGGAUUUGCCAGAGAUUAAACGUAAAAAGAUUCAGGAGGAGAAAGCCAAAGACAAAAAGGAGUUCAUGGGUUUGUUUGAAAGCGAUUCUGAGGAUGACGACGAUGACGACGACACGGGACUCAAAAUCAAAGAUAAAAAGGCCAGCCAGGGGUCAGAAGAUGAGGAUGAUGACAACGACGAAGAUGUUACAGGGCUAUCGGACAUGAGCGACGAAGACUCGGAUGAGGGCGAAGAGAACGAGAAGGCAUCAACAGCCCCUCAGCCGCUGUUACCCUCCGCUCUAAUUAAGCUGGCCGAAGGAGACGAAGAUGUGGUGGAGGACCUGGAGCUGUCCGACGACGACUGA